AUGCGGGACGUGGGCCUAAAUGUCUCUGCAGAAACACGGUGCAGCGGCAGGACACGCUCCGGGUUUCUACUUUACAGACCACUGACUGAAGGUGCUGCAGACCCGCGUCCAGGAAAAAUGCAAGACGUCAACCAAGGUCUUCCAGAUGAUUUGCUGCAGUACAUGGAGGAGGACCAUCUGGAACAUCUGGACAAUAUAGCAGAUCCAGACGCGCUUUUCGGGUUGCUGGCACACGAGGCUGAAGUUGAGAGCGAUGAAGCUGUUCCACCAGACUGCACAGAGAGUGGAUCCCAGGAGAGCACGGCGAGCGCAAAACCGAGUACAACAAUUCGACACAGAGAGAAUGGGGACUGCGCCCAGGCAACAUCACAGCUCAAAAGACAAAGAACACUCACAGGUCUUCUAGGGUUAAGUCCAGCCGCCGCUCCUCCUCCUCAGCUGGCUUCUCCCUCUGCCCCUCCUCAUCAGCUGGGUUCUCCGUCUGCUCCUCCUCAUCAGCUGGCUUCUCCCUCUGCUCCUCCUCAUCAGCUGGCUUCUCCCUCUGCUCCUCCUCAUCAGCUGGGUUCUCCCUCUGCUCCUCCUCAUCAGCUGGCUUCUCCCUCUGCCCCUCCUCAUCAGCUGGGUUCUCCCUCUGCUCCUCCUCAUCAGCUGGCUUCUCCCUCUGCUCCUCCUCAUCAGCUGGCUUCUCCCUCUGCUCCUCCUCAUCAGCUGGCUUCUCCCUCUGCUCCUCCUCAUCAGCUGGCUUCUCCCUCUGCUCCUCCUCAUCAGCUGGCUUCUCCCUCUGCUCCUCCUCAUCAGCUGGGUUCUCCCUCUGCUCCUCCUCAUCAGCUGGCUUCUCCCUCUGCUCCUCCUCAUCGGCUGGCUUCUCCCUCUGCUCCUUCUCAUCAGCUGGGUUCUCCCUCUGCUCCUCCUCAUCAGCUGGGUUCUCCCUCUGCUCCUCCUCAUCAGCUGCCUUCUCUCUCUGCUUCUUCUCAUCAGUUGGUUUCUCCCUCUCCAACUCUUCCUCCUCAGAUGUCUUCUCCCUCUUCUCCUCCUCAGCUGUCUUCUCCCUCUCCUCCUCCUCAGCUGGCCUCUUCCUCUGCUCCUCCUCCUCCUCAGCUGGCCUCUUCCUCUGCUCCUCCUCCUCCUCAGCUGGCCUCUCCCUCUGCUCCUCCUCCUCAGCUGGCUUCUACCUCUGUUCCUCCUCCUCCUCAGCUGGCCUCUUCCUCUGCUCCACCUCCUCCUCAACUGGUUUCUUCCUCUUCUCCUCCUCCACCUCAGCUGCCUUCUCCCUUUGCUCCUCCUCCUCAGCUGGCCUCUCCCUCUGCUCCUCCUCCUCCUCAGCUGGCCUUUUCCUCUGUUCCUCCUCCUCCUCAGCUGGCCUCUUCCUCUGCUCCUCCUCCUCCUCAUCUGGCUUCUCCCUCUGCUCCUCCUCCUCCUCAUCUGGCUUCUCCCUCUGCUCCUCCUCCUCCUCAUCUGGCUUCUCCCUCUGCUCCUCCUCCUCCUCAGCUGGCUUCUCCCUCUGCUCCUCCUCCUGAGGUGGAGUGUCGAGAGGCGACGAUUCCGAUCCCUCCGUAUGUCCGACUGUCACACACGACCACGGCCCCAACUUUUCUACUGGUACCUGUGUCUCUUGGCCUUGGAUACAACAUCCCCACACUGCCACCAGCUGCACAGGUCCAGACGAGCCCUGCACCAUCAGAACCAGCCUCUCCUCCUGUCACGUCCCUACAGGCCUAUGAGUCUGUAAAGGACUACAUUCUGGAAACCAAAGCCUACAUGAGCAGAGCCAGUGAUGACUUAGGAGAUGGUCUGACUCUCAGCUCCAACUACGUGGACUCCAGAGUGAUCCAGCGCCACACCAUCCAGUCCAGAGAUAACGUAAACAAAAGCCUGGACAAGGAGCUCAGUGUGAUGGGCCACAUGGACAGGGAGGAGCGCACGGUCUCACUUAACCAGCGCGUCCUCUCAGCUUCUCCCACGCUGGUCGCAGUGCCUGGGACAGAGGGCAGACCGGCCGUCAAUCUCCCAGGUCAGUGA